AUCCAUAUCCUUCUCUCUCUACAAUCUCUGUUUCUUUGACACUGAUUUGAAGAAUCGAUUUCAAUCGUAGAACGAACUAACGAACGAACGACGAGAUCCGAUGACGGUUACAUGGAGAUCCUACAUAUGUUGCGGUGGUGGAGAAACAGAGACGGAACAAAUACCGGAGAUGAUGAAGACAUCUCCGGCGACGGAGACGGUUAAUAAACUGGUGACGAAACAGAGCUCAUUUCAGAGAAUUUCCAUAGCUGAUUUCAGCUCUGCAUCUGUUAUGUCCGAGGAUAUAUCAAGUUCGGUAGUUGGAUCGAACCUUCACGCGUUUACUCUAGCCGAAUUGAAGGUCAUAACUCAGUGUUUCUCCACCAAUAGUUUCAUCGGAGAAGGCGGAUUCGGUCCUGUUCAUAAAGGAUUCAUCGAUGAUAAACUCCGUCCAGGUUUGAAAGCUCAACCUGUCGCUGUUAAGGUCUUGGAUUUGGAAGGCUUGCAAGGUCACAAGGAAUGGCUGACUGAAGUGAUAUUUUUGGGUCAAUUGAGACAUUCACAUCUUGUGAAAUUGAUUGGUUAUUGCUGUGAAGAUGAACAUAGAGAUCUUGUGUAUGAAUACAUGCCAAGAGGCAGCUUGGAGAAUCAACUUUUCAGAAAGUAUUCAGUAACACUUCCAUGGUCAACAAGGAUGAAAAUUGCUCUUGGGGCUGCCAAGGGACUUGCUUUUCUUCAUGAAAUUGAGAAGCCUGUUAUCUUUAGGGAUUUUAAAGCUUCAAACAUCUUACUUGAUUCGGAUUAUACUGCCAAGCUAUCGGAUUUUGGGCUUGCAAAAGACGGGCCUGAGGGCGAUGAUACACAUGUCUCCACUCGGGUUAUGGGUACCCAAGGAUAUGCUGCGCCUGAAUACAUUAUGACAGGUCAUUUGACUCCAGCAAGUGAUGUAUAUAGUUUUGGAGUAGUACUUUUAGAGUUGUUGACGGGAAGAAGGUCAUUGGAUAAGAGUAGGCCAAAUAGGGAACAAAGCUUAGUAGAAUGGGCAAGGCCGCAAUUGAAGGACCCUAGAAAGUUAAGGAGAGUAUUGGACCCGAGACUGGAAGGGCAAUAUUCUGAGUCAGGGGCUGAAAAGGCAGCUGCAUUAGCUUACGAUUGUCUCAGUCACCGACCAAAAAACAGACCGACGAUGAGUAACAUUGUGAAUAUUCUUGAGCCACUAAAGGACUUUUACGACUUACAAGUUGGAACAUUUGUAUUCACGGUUUCACCUGAAAAAGAGACUGGCAAAGAAAGUGUUAAUAAAGAGGGUGCUGGAAUAACCGGAGAGAAAAAGGAAACCGCGAAGAAAGAACAUAAUGGAGGACAUGGAAAUGGGCAUCAUAGACAUGGACAUGGUCAUGGACAAGGUCAUCGAACUCGAGAGGGUCAACAAAGACAUCAUCAUAGGACUAAGUCACCAAAACCGCAAAGUGUUUAUUCGGAGGAGACUGCGGCUGUUCAGAAGAACCUUAAAGGGUUGAGGUCUCCUGAGCAAUAUAAGAUGACUAGAGCCUAAAUGAACAUCUCCAAUGUACAUAUAAAUAUAGAAAUUUAUUCUGUUUAUUUUUUGUGUUACAAUUAAAGUUUUCAUUUUCUUUGUUUGUUGAAAUAUAUAUAUUUAAUGUAAUUGGAACAAGAGAGAUGUGAAAAUGUAAGUCAAAAUGCAUCAUAAUACAAUUUUUUUAUAUAU